AUUGGACAUCGGGAAAAGGAAGCGAAAACAGGUUCGACCUUGAUUCUGGUGGACAUUUCUUAUGCACUUCGCAAUCCGUAAGGAAAUAUUGUGUGUUAAUUUUAUAAUUGAACAUACAUGAUUUUUGAAUCAGUAUUUAUAAAAGCUUAACAGGAAGAUGGACAGUCGUUUGUACGAUGUACUAGAGCGGUAUGAUGAGGAAGGAGUCAAGAAGGUGUCUGUUCGAGAGAGUAAGUGGAUUGGUUACAGAAAUAGGAGUAUGACAUUUGACGACAUUUUGGAACAAGCUGAAGCCAUAUUUGAUAAAUCCCUUGAAGGUUCUGCUGAAUAUCCAAUUGUUGUGGAAAUCACACCAAGUGAAGGACCUGCUUGUGAAUCAUUAUUCACAGUAUAUCGAGAAAUUACAGAAAAUCAGAAAGUGAGUGAUGAUUCACCUGAUAUCUUCCAAAGCGAAUGGCCUGAUUUUCCUGUUUAUAUCAAACGUUUCACUGUUGUAUCAAUGACACAAGAUGAAUUUAUGAAUCAAACAAGAAAUUUAAUUGGAAGCUUAUCAAAAUUACAUUUAAACUAUACACCAGAUACAUAUUAUUGGAUUGUACAUGAACCAUCAUUGGAAGAUGAUAACAAUACUAGUGUUGCAGAAAUAUGGAUAAAAACUUAACACUUAACACUAUCGUCAUCAUCGCCAUCAUUCUAUGUGUGAAUGAACUGUUUCAUGCAUAAUCUGUUCGUUCGUUCGUUCUUUGAGUUCUUUGAGGAUUCCACUGAAUUAGUUUGUCAUUUCGUUGUUUGUUUUUGAUUUGGUUUUUGUUUUUUCGAAUAAAAUGUUAAUUGUUCACAGAGAAAAUUCUCUGUUUUUAUUUCAAUCAUCACAAAUUUUUCAUAGCUGUGAUAUUCU